AGUCACAGUAUUGAGUGUGCUUCAUCUGUGUUUCAAAAGGCCCAUUCUGAGGACCGCUCUUCAAAAUCAUCGCUUAAAAAGGACCAUUCUGAGGACGGCGGUUCAAAAUCAUCGCUUAAAAAGGCCCAUUCUGAGGACGGCAGUUCAAAAUCAUCGCUUAAAAAGGCCCAUUCUGAGGACCGCUCUUCAAAAUCAUCGCUUAAAAAGGACCAUUCUGAGGACGGCGGUUCAAAAGCAUCGCUUAAAAGGGCCCAUUCUGAGGACCGCAGUUCAAAAUCAUCGCUUAAAAAGGCCCAUUCUGAGGACGGCAGUUCAAAAUCAUCACUUAAAAGGGCCCAUUCUGAGGACCGCAGUUCAAAAUCUUCGCUUACAAAGGCCCAUUCUGAGGACGGCAGUUCAAAAUCAUCGCUUAAAAGGGCCCAUUCUGAAGACCGCAGUUCAAAAUCAUCGCUUAAAAAGGCCCAUUCUGAUGACCGCAAUUCAAAAUCAUCUCAGCAACAGGUACUCGUUCUCGACUCUGAGAAUUCCGUUUGCUCUGAAAGUCAGUCGGACAGAAAGGAGAGUAAGGCUGCAAAAAGCCAGGAUGACUCUAAGCGUGACUCUUCUGGUAAAGGCAUCCCCACACCUAAGUUGAAUCAGUCUGCUGAUGAACAGAAGAAGAAGGAGAAUGGGGAGCUAAUCAAAAAAUCAAAAAUUCCGGGAGAGGUCUCGGACUCGGGCAAUUCUUCUUCUUCUGUCAUUCAUUCAGAGAUGGAUGUAAAAGAAGAGGAUGAUGAGACAGACAAUUCCAAGAGCCAAGAUGAAUCAGGACAUGAACCGGUCGCUCAGAAGUAUGGACACAUUCAAGGCACUGAUGAUAUUGUGGGUUCAGAAGCCAAACAUAAAGACGAGGAAGAAGACUCGACUAAAACAGACUCAAGAGACAGCAGAAAGGCAACGGGGGAGAUGAUUCGGCCAGAAAUGUUCAAAAAGGCCCAUUCUGAAGAUCAAAAGAAAGAAUCAUCACAGCAACGGCUAUCUGGGAAGUUAUUGGACUCUGCCAAAUCUGACAGUUUUGUGGCGAUGGAUAGCAAAGGGAAGGAGGGGGAGGAAAAGACGGAGACAACUAAGAGCCAAGAUGAAUCAGGUAACGAGUCUGCUGGCGAAGACGUCCACAGCGGUCCAGUGGAUCAGGUAAAUAAACACAUCCAGAGCAUUGCAGUUUCUAACUCAGGAGCUGAACAGUCCAAGAAACAAGAGAGGCCUGCCAAAACAAUUGGGGACAAGACCCAUGUUUCAGACCUGAGCACUGAAUCAUCAAAGCAACGGUUUGUGGACUGCAGCACUUGUGUGUGCCGUGACAGUAAGCACGUUAUGGAAGUCAAAGACGGGGUGGAUAAUGUGAAGAGCGAGUCUUCCAAGAGCAUGAAGGCUGCUGGGCACUCAGAAGCCAAACCAGAAGAUGAGCCAAGUAAAACACCGACAGACUUUGCAGUGGCCAUCAGGGAUGAAGAUCCAGCAGAGGAGGUAACUGAGCUUGAAAUCCAGUCUGAGGACCAGAGUCUCGAAUCACCACGGCAGGAGAUUUCAGACCGGAUUUUGGACAACAGUGAUUCCAUUUUUGAGGCAGAGACUUGUAGUAAGAGCCUAGACGAAUCGGGGAAUGACUCCUCUGUUGAAGAUGUCAACAGUGACAUAGUGGCUCAGGAGUUUCAGAAAAGCCAGCGCAGUGAUACUGAUGUCCGCUCGCAAGGCAAACGCAAAGAAGAGUUUCCCAAACCUACUGCGGUCACAAAAGAGCUAUUGUUGAGGGAAAAGAGGAUGCAUCCCCACCAUGAGGAUUGGCCAGAGCACCUAUUGAGGGGGAAGCAAAAUAGAAUGAUUUUCUCUGACAAACCGAGGACAGUUGAAGAGGAGGAGGCUGAGUGUCUUAUGAGGGAGAAGCAAAAGAGAAUAUUUCUGUAUGAGGAGAAACUUAGAGAGGAAGCGGAGGAGGCAAAGCAAUUACAGAGGGAGAAGGAGAAAAGAAAAAAGUUCCAACAGGAACUGCUGAGAAAGAAGGAAGAGGAGAUGGCGCUGUUGGAAAGAGAGUUGGAGACACAUCCGCGCAAGGAGAAGCUCUGUUUGGAUAUGGCUCAUUCAAAAAGGCCAAAAGAGUGUCUCUUUUACCAGAAGGAGCUGAAAAGAGAGGAAACGGGGCCAAUGGAGAAGUUGAAAAGGGAACACGAGAAGAGACUGUGUCACCACCCGGACCAGAUGAGCAAAAAGGAGGAGAAGGAAAUGGAGCGAUUGAGGUAUGAGAAGGAGAUGCGAAUUAGUAGACAAAUGGAGGCGAUACAAAGAGAGGAAGAGAAGGAGGCACUGCAGUUAAUGAAGGAUAAGGAGACAAGAAUACGGCGUCACCAGGAAGCACUUGGAAAGAAGGAAGAAGAGGAGAUGGCGCGACGAGACGUUGAGAUGAAGAAAAGAACACAUCUCCACAAGGAGAAACUCCUUACGGAUUUCGAUCGCUCAAAGAAUCAAAAAGAGUCAAGCACACACGUCGGCCAAGAGAAGCAUGAGAUGAGAAAUAAAGAGGAGGAAGCGGAGCAGUUAAAAUGGCAAAAGGAGAUGAAAAUGCAUCCCUGCCAGGAGGAAAACAUGAUAGAGCAACUGAGGCAUGAUCAGGAGAUAUGGAUUUGUCGACAAAAGGAGGAGCUGAUGAAAGAGGAAAAGGAGGAGGUGGCGCGAUUGAAGAGGGAGAAAGAGACAAGAAUCUGCAGACAAAGGGUAGAGCUGAGGAGAGAGGAAGAGGAAGAAGUGGAGCAAUUGAAGCGUGAGAAGGAAACGAGACUUCAUGCCCGCCUGGAAGAGCUCAGGAAAGGGGAGGAGGAGGAAGAGGAAUGGUUAAAGAGGGAAAUGGACAUGAGAAAAUGUUCCUUCCAGGAGGAGCUGAAUAGAGCACAAAGGGAGGCAGAGCAGUUAAUGAGGGAAAAGCAGAUGGAAAUGCAAUUCUACCUCGAAGUGCUUAGGAAAGAGGAGGAGGAGGAAGCAGAGCAGCUGAGGAGGGAGAAGGAGAAAAGAAUAUGCCAACAAAAGGAGAAGCUGAUGAAAGAGGAACAGGAGCAGGUUGCACGAUUGAAGAAGGAAACUGAGAAAAAAAUUCGUCGCUGCCUCGACGAGCUGAGCAGGGUGGAAGAAGAGGAAGCAAGGCAAUUGAAGCGGGAGAAGGAGAUGAGAAUGCAGGUCUACCAGGAGAAGCUCCAGAGAGAGGAGGAGGACGAGGCACAGAUUUUGAAGAGGGAGAAGGGAGUUCGAUUCUCUGUAAGCCACGAGCAACAGCUGAGAGAAGAGGAGGAGGAGGAGGAAAAGUUGAAAGAAUACUUUGAAAAUCGCAAUCGUCUCCUCGAAGAGGAGCUUCGCAGGGACAAAGAAAAGGCUGAGCAAAUGAAAAGGGAAAAGGCAAAGAUACACUUACAUCGACAAGAGGAACUAAAAAGACUUGAAGCGGAAAAAGAGCAAUUGGCCAGAGAAAAAUGGACACGACUGCAGCAUGAGGAUCUGAGGAGAGAAGAAGAGGAGAAUAACCAGUUCAUGAGGGAAAAGAAUUUGAGAAAAUCUCUCCUAAUGGACCAACUUAAUAGAGAGGAAGAGGAGGAGGUAGCACGGCUAAGGAGGGCCAAAGAGAUGCGAAUGAGGCACUAUCAAGAGGUGCUGAUGAGAGAGGAAGAGGAUGAGUUAGAAUCUCUCAAGAGAAAACAAAAGACAAGAAUGUGUCUUCAUCAGGAUGUGCUCAGAAGAGAAGAAGAAAAAGAAGUGGACCAGUUAGAGAGGGAAAGACGGAUAAGAAUGCAUUUAUGCCCAGAGGAUCCGAGAGGAGAAAAAGUGCAGGAGGUGGAAAAAUUAAGGAAGGAAAAGGCAUUGAGAACAACACAUCAACUCCAGAAGGGACCGCAGGACGAGGAAAGGGAAAAUGCAGAGAGAAAAAAUCUUCAGUUUAGCCGCGAGGGGAAGGAGGCAGAGCGGUUAAAGGGGCAGAUGCAGCUCCACCUGGGGCAGCUGUGGAGGGAAGAGGAUAAGGCCAAACAAAUUCAGAGAGAGAAAGCAAAAUCAUGGCCUCGCAGGAAGGAGCACAGCGCAAGGAAAGAAGUGAAAGGGUUAUUUAGCAGGGAAACGGAGACACAAACGAUGCUCCGUGAAAAUGAACCGAGACGUGGCGACGUGGAGGGAGAGCGGUUGAAGAGGGAGAGCAUGACAUUCUCAAAUCGCCAAGAGGGGCUAAGAAAAGAGGAUGAGGCAGAGAAAUGGACCAGCGAGACAAAACUGUGGCUUCGCCCGAAAGGGGAGCAGUGUAUAAAGGACACGAGGAAUAAGAAGGUGCUUUAUGACGAGGAACCGAGAAGUGAGCAUCAGGGUGUCGUGGGCUUGAAGAGGGAGAUGAGCAUGUCGUUUCGCCAAGAGGCGCCAAGUAGUGAACAGGAUGAGUCAGAAAAAUGGUACGCAGAAAAGACAAAAUCGUGGCCUCGCACGAAGGAGCACAGCAUAAAGAAAGAACCGAAAGGGCUGUUUGUGAGGGAAAUGAAGACGCAAACGAUGGAUCAUGAAAAGCAACUGCAAAGUGAGGAUGAGGAGGUAGAGUGGCAUCUCAAGGAGGCGCUGAGAAGAGAAGAGGACGAGGCAGAAAAUUCGGAGAGGGAGAUGACACAAUCGUGGCUCAGCCCGCUGUGUAGCACAGAGGAAGAAUCACCAGGGCAGUUUAAGAGCGUAAUGGAAACAAGACAAUCAUGGCCAAGCCAGGAGUGUAGCACAGAGGACGAAGCGGAAGGGCCAUUUACCAGGGGGAUGGAGGCAAGAAAAAUGCUCCCUGGACAGGAACGAAGAAGUGAUGAUGAUAUUUUGGGAUUUUUGAGGCGAGAGAGGAGAAUGUCGCUCUGCCAGGAGGACAUGAGGAGAGAUCAGGAUGAGCUUGAAAAAUUGGAGCGAUGGAAGACAAAAUCAUGGCCUCGCAGGAAGGAGCACGGCAAAAGAGAAGACUCAAAAGGGCUGUUCAUGAGGGAAAUGGACACGCAAACAAUUCUCAACAAAGAGGAACUGAAAAGUGAGGACGAUGAGGUAGAACACUUAAAGGGGGAGAAGAUCCUAACGUUUCUGCGCAAGGACGGGCUGAGGAGUAAAGCGGAUGAGGCAGAAAAAUUGGAGCGAGAGAAGACAAAAGGCAAAGAGGAAAAGGUCAAAUGGCCGGUUCUAAGGGAAAUGGAGACACAAACAAUGCUCCAGAAAGAUCAACUGGGAAGAGAGGAUGAGCGGUUCAAGGCAAAGACGCAGUUCCACCCGGAGGAGCUGAUGAGCAAAGAGCAGAGGGCGAAGCAAUUCGAGAGAGAGAAGGCGAAAUCGUGGCCUCGCAGGAAGGAGCACGGCAAAAGAGAAGAAGCAAAAGGGCUAUUCGUGAGGGAAAUGGAGACACCGGCGAUGCUCCGUGACGAUAAACGGAGACGUGAGGAUGAGGAGGUAGAACGCUUAAAGGGGGAGAAGAUCCUAACGUUGCAACGCAAGGAGGGGCCGAGGAGAAAAGAGGACGAGGCGGAAAAAAUGGAGCGAGAGAUGACAAAAGGCAAAGAGGAAAACGCCAAAUGGCCGUUUAUAAGGGAUAAGCAAACAAUGCUACAGGACGAUCAACUGAGACGUGAGGAUGAGCGGUUCAAGGAGCAGAGGCAGCUCCCCCCGGAUGACCUGAUGAGCAAAGAGCAUUGGGCAAAGCAAUUCGAGAGAGAGAAGGCGAAAUCAUGGCCUCGCAGGAAGGAGCACGGCACAAAGAAAUACGCAAAAGGGCUAUUCAUGAGGGAAAUGGAGACACCGGCGAUGCUCCGUGACGAUAAACUGGGACGUGAGGAUGAGGAUGCAGGCUGGUUGAGGCUGGGGAUGAGAACGUCGCACAGCGAGGAUUUGAGGAGAGAAGACAAUGAGGCAUAUAGACAUUUAGAGAGAGAAAGGACAAAAUCAUGGAUUUGCCAGAAGCCAUUCAGGAAAACGGAGUCCCCAAAAAUGCUCCAUGAAGAUGAGGUGAGGGAUGAGGAAGGGGACAUGUUGGGCUCCUCAGGGGAUGAGGAAUCCACAAGAGAACGUCCCAGAGUGAAGGAUCGAACAUGGACCCAGCGGGAGGGCUCGAGGGGAAGGGCGGAGCAGCUACAAGGGGUCAUGCGGGAAAACGAAACACGCCUGCAACAGGAGCUGAGGAGUGAAGAUGACGAAGAUGAGGAAAAGGUGGAUUUUUUAAAAAGACAGAGAAGAAUUAGCCUUUUCGACGAAGAACUGAGGCGAGAGGAAGAAGAGGAAGUGGAGCAGUUGCAAAGAGAGAGGGAUACGAGGAUGCGCAAGUAUGAGGAGAAGCUCAGACGAGACGAAGAAAUGGAAGCGGACCAUUUAAAGAGGGAAAAGGAGCAGAGAAUACGUCGCCUCCAGGCGGAACUGAAGGUCGAGGAAGAGGAUGAGGCGGAGAGCUUAAAGAAGGACAAGGAGAAGCGAAUGAGGCUCCUCCGUGAGGAGAUGCAGAAAGAGGAAGAGGAGGAACGAUUCAAGUGGGAGAACGAGAGAAGUACUCGCUUCCGCCAAGAAGGGCAGAGCAAGCAUGAAGAGGAGGAGGAGCAGUUUAAGAGGCCGGAGGGGAAAAAAAAGAGUGUUUACUUUGACAACCUGAGGACAGAGGAAACGGAGAAGAGAGCACAGGAAACGGCACGGAAGGGAAAAGACAAGACAAGCGGUCACCUCCAGGAGGAUCCUACGAGAGAAGCCGAGCUUCAGGUUCGUAGGGAGAAGGAAAGGAGAACACCACAGAGCCAGGAAACGAAAGAUGAGGAGAUUGAGCGCUUCCAAAGGGAAAAAGGCAAGAUGGUGCGUUACUCUCAAGAGGGAUUGAAACGAGCGGAAGGUGAGGAAGAAGAAGAGUUGAAGACUGAAAAUGAAAAUCGAAUGGGUCGUCUCCAGGAUGAGCUCAAGAGAGAAACGGAGGAGUUGAUUGACAAAUUGAAGGCUGAGAAGCAGAAGAGAAUGCGCCUCCGACAAAUAGACAUCUGGGGAGAAGAGGAAGAGAGGAAACUGAAGACGGAGUACAAGGAAAGGCUCCGGGCUUUGCGGCAGUAUCUCCUGGUCAAGAGGAGGGAGGAGGAGACCCUGCUGAACAGAAUGUUUGAGGAGAAGGAGAGAUUAACAGAAUCUGCCUGGAUGGAGAGAGAUGAGGGACAAUUUCAACUCAGGCAGGACCGAGAAGCUGCCAUAAGAGCGCUUUGCCUUGCACUUGAAGAAGACCAGGAAGCCGAAAAUGAUCGGCUGAAGACUCAAAGGAGCCAAUUCUUUGAGCGCCUCAAGGCGGAGUCAGAAGAGGAGCUACAUGCACUGCGAGCAAGACUCCAGAAAGGCAGGGAAGAGAAGAUGAAGUUUUCAACACCAGGGCAGGCGCAUGAGAAGAGUUUUGAUCCGGGCCUCUACAACACUUUUUACCCACUGAAUGGGGCAGUUCCGGACCCCAAAAAUGAGAUAUUUGGAGCUUUCAGACCACCUCCCCAGUGGAACAACACCACACAUUUCUCAGCGUACACACCGACUCUUGCAGCGCCUCGUCCCACGAAUACCAUGCCUACCUACACAGCUACGCAUCCCUCACUGAGUACUCCAGAGUCACUGUUCUGUCAUCCAAGAGCAACAAUGUCUGUGGACCCAUUCGUCACCACGUCCUUGGGAGACACGUACCUAGCGAAUACUCCUAUUGGGUACUGUGAUCAGCUGAGCUUAAAUACAUUCAAUGAAAUCACGGUUUAUCGUUUCCAAAGACAAAAUGCCCAAUGGAGUCCUCCUCUGCCCAUGUGAAUACAUUUGAUGCGGUCAUAAAUAAAGAGUUGAUGCAGUGUGUACAUUUACAUCUACAAAACUCAGUUGCUGUAGAAUAUCAGUCUGAUGAGGCCACAAAUGCCUAAUAAAUCCAGUUGCAACCUCUGUAGCACUCCGCUGGUCUACAUUUGGGAUAAUAGAGACCCAUUUAUCAAGCUCAGUCAGGUCAUACAGUAUGUGACAUCAAAUAAAUGCUUGAAUAAAAGAAAACAUGAUCCCUGUCAUGAAACCA